AUGACUGUCAUGGACGGCGUUCGCGCCGUCUUCGCAUUCAGGACGAUACCCACCACCGUCCUUCUCGUCCUUGUCUAUCUUGCAGUCUUCAUAUCUGUCUUUGAGACAGAUGAUCUGCCUGUCGUCCCGUCGGUUCAGCACCAGAAUGGCCUUAACUUCGACCAGGCGUGGGCUGACCUCCACGAGAUUGCCGCUCGCCCACACCCAUACAACUCGCAUGCCAACGACCUCGUCCGAACGUUCAUUCUUGACCGCGUCAGUAACAUCGCCAAGGGGCACAGGCAUGUUACCGUGAUCGACGACCUCUCAUCCUCUGCCACCUGGACAUCGGGACUCUUCUCGUCAAAGCCGUAUGCUGUCUACCACGAGGGUCGGAAUGUGCUAGUCAAAAUCGAUGGUACCGAGUCCGACGGUUCGGAUCAAAGUGGCGUACUCUUCUCAGCGCAUUUCGACUCCGUGUCGACUGCACCGGGCGCGACGGACGAUGGCAUGGGCGUGGCGACGCUCCUACAGCUAGUCGCGUACUUUGCUGCGAAUAGACCUCGCCGAACCGUUGUGUUUAACAUCAACAAUGGCGAAGAGGAUGGACUGAAUGGCGCAUAUGCUUAUAUGAAUCAUCCUUGGUCCAACUUGACCGACGUGUUCAUCAAUCUCGAGGGUGCUGCUGCCGGAGGCCGCCCACUUCUGUUCCGCACCACAGAUAAUGCCCCUGUGGAUGUCUGGUCUGCCGACCAUACGACGCAUGUUCACGCAAACAUUGUUUCCUCUGAUGUGUUCAAUGGCGGUUCAAUCCGCUCCGACACUGAUUACAGCGUGUACAAACACGCAAUGGAAGGCCUCGACUUUGCGUUCUACCGCGGACGUGCGCGGUACCACACCAAACAUGACUCCAUCAUCGGCAUCGCCGGGGGUGGGCGUGCGCUUUGGGCCAUGAUGGAAGCUACACUUGGAGCGGGUGUUACGCUAGCGGGGACUGGAGACGAAGGCAUGAGUCAAGGUGUGGGUCCCGGUGCGCACACGCAACAGGACAAGCACACGUAUUUUGAACUCUUCGGCGCAGCUCUCGUAAAUUUCAGGAACGAGACUCUUUUUACCAUCAAUGUCGUGUUGCUCGUCGUAGGCCCUAUUUUCCUCCUUGCGCUUGUAUACUCGGAAAGCAUCGUUGAGAUGGGAAGGCACCUCCGCCACGGUCGCCAACUUUCGGAAGAUGUUGGAGGUGACAGACCUAUAAUGGAGAGGAUCGUUGUUCCUUUACGGAGAUGGGCUCGUGGUUUCUGGCGCUGGGCCAAGUUUUGGGCGGCACUGGUCAUUGGCGCAGGAUUGCAAGUUUUGUUGGUGGUUGGAUAUGUGAUUUUAAACCCAUUCGCUGUCCACUCCCAUCCGAUAUUCGUUUUUGUCUCCAUGCUAUCCCUUGCUUACCUUACCACAGUACUCACCAUCUCUGCACCGCUCACCAAAGCCCUUCCCAUUGAGCAGCAGAAGUUGAGCAUGCUUCUCCAGACAUAUGUUUUCAGCUGGAUUCUCCUCGUUGGCGGAACUGUGCGUCUCCGCCAAAACGGCGCCGGGGGCAUAUACCUACUUGCAACGUGGAACGCAGCUGCUCUCCUUGCGAGCAUACUUGGCGUCGCCGAAGCAUUGACGUACACUCAUGCCGAGGGAGCAGGAGGCACAAGAUACGUGAGAGGUGUCCGAUAUGACGCUGUCUCGACAUCCGUGGAGGAUGCUGGCGGCUCGGACCGCAGUGCACGAAGCCCCACGCGCACGCUUGGCGAGGGCACGCUCGUUGAGACGGCACCAACAGAAAUCACGCCGCUUAUUCAGCAGCGUCAGAUCAAAACCGGGGCCGGUGAAAGACAGACUGGCGGCGAAGACGACACGGGCACGAUUGGAUGGUGGAUCUUACAAAUGCUUGUCUUGGUGCCACUCCCAGUGAUUCUAAUGGUUCACGUUGCGAUCAUCUUGAUGUACUCGAUGAACCAAAUUCUUACAGAUGGACUACCACCCUACACCGUUUACGCCCCAAUCGCUACCUUUGCACUCUUCAUCGUCCUCCCGAUUGCGCCCUUUAGCAUGGCAAUCCACCGAUCUCUCACUGUUCUCGUUUUCCUCGUUUUGGUGGCCUCGACUGCUUAUACCUGGGCUGUGUUCCCAUUCAAUUACCUGGAUCCGCUUAAGGUCUACUUUUCGCAGAGCGUCGACAUUGUGCAUUCUGGAGCGAUAGUCACUACCUCAUUGCUUGGGCCGAGCGGAUGGCUUUCAGAGAAGAUUGUCCCGGAAUUACCAUCUGCACAUGGGAGAAACGUUAGCUGUAAGCCGGCGGGCGACAAGCUUGGUCUGGACGUCUGUGAAUGGGAGGUGGACGCUGGCGGGAGAUACGCUCCCUAUCCUGGUUCCUCCGCCUCUGCGGACGAGGGCGAAAAUGAGCCCUGGGUCUCGUGGACCGCUACUCGCAUCGAAGCGCCUGGUUCGGGAGUAGAAGCAGGCGCACGGUUCAAUAUCAAGGGACGCAACUCGCGUGGCUGCAUACUCUACUUCGACAACCACACGCUCACCUCGCUCAGCGUGAACGGCGAAAAGGCUAUGACGAUGACGCGUGAGCAGGGCGUUCGACAGGCCCGUGUUUGGAACCGUAACUUUGGUGGCGAGUCAGAGGUCAUUGUCGGUUGGGCUGAACCGGACUUGAACACCACCGAGGACGAAGAUGGCGAGUCGGAGAAGGUGACGGGUCGUGUAGAGUGCCAGUGGGAUGAAUACGAGAGCGGGACGGUUGGGGGAGGCGAUAGCGGUGCGCGGAUUCCGGCGCUCGAGGAGGUGCUCGAGUUUUUGCCGGAAUGGGCGACCGUGACCAAGCGGUGGCAUGGGCUCGUCCGCGCGUCCGUUCCGUUCUCAAUAUGA